AUGCGGACAUCGAAGAUCUCCCAAGAUACGACAAGGAUCUUCAACGCCCUUUCCCCCAAUGCGCGCACUGGCCGGACCACCCGAAGCGCAAAGCGCAUCGCAUCUUUCGCUCUGGGCUAUAAUGGGGAAGUCGAGGUGCACGAAAAUGAAGAGACGGACGAGGACCAUACACAUCUUACCGACAUGUCACCCUCGCAAACUCCAGAUAUUGAAGACGCUUUUAGCACGCGCGCUCUCGUCCGCCCUCGCUCGAACAAAAAGAGGAAAUUGGGUGCAGACUCAGCGCAUACUGCGACCAGGAGAUCCGCCAUGACGGACAGCGAAGAGGAUGAAACCAGAACAGCGGCUACCACUAAAACGAAAACAGAGGAGACAACAACGACCGCAAGGAUCCCGAUGCCGCGGCGCAGCAUCAAGAGCGAAGCUGACGAGGAUGAAGAUCCUACUACCUCUCCAGAGCAUUCGAGGGUGAAAACAAGAGUGAAAUCGAAAGCGAAACCCAAAAUCCCCGCAAGGAAAACCACUUCCCCAUCAGGAACGGUGCGAAUACAGCCGCCAUCAAACUGGUCGGAGGUUUACGAUAUAGUCAAAACCAUGCGACAACGCAAUCCAACAGCGCCAGUAGACACGAUGGGCUGCGAAGAGCUAUAUUGGCCUGCCGCCCCGCCGCGCGAGAAACGGUACCACACGCUGACGGCGCUGAUGUUGUCAUCUCAGACCAAGGAUACCGUCACCGCGGUAGCGAUGCAUCGAUUACACACGGAACUUGUCCCCAUGAAAGAAGAGGACGGUGGCGAAGUCAAGAAGGAACAGUCGCCGCCGAACAAAGAACCCGAGGCCAAGCAGUCAACGCUGACCAUAGACAACAUCAUCGCGUGCGACCCGAAAUACCUUGACCAUUUAAUCGGCAAAGUUGGAUUCCACAACAACAAGACCAAAUAUAUCAAGCAGGUCGCAACGAUUUUGAAGGAGCAGUAUAACUCCGACAUUCCCAGCACGGUCGAAGGCCUGGUCAGUCUCCCCGGGGUCGGGCCCAAAAUGGCAUACCUCUGCAUGUCUGCCGCUUGGGGUCGGGAUGAGGGGAUCGGCGUCGACGUUCAUGUCCAUCGCAUCACAAAUCUAUGGGGCUGGCAUAAGACCAAGACCCCGGAGGAGACAAGAGCCUCGCUGGAAAGCUGGCUGCCGCGUGACAAGUGGCAUGAAAUCAAUAAGAUGUUGGUCGGGCUCGGUCAGACAGUCUGUUUGCCGGUGGGUAGGAGGUGUGGAGAAUGCGAUCUCGCAGGCACGGGGUUGUGUAAAGCCGAGAUUCGGGGCUGGAAAGCCACUCAAAAGAAAGUCGCGGUCAAGAAGGAGAAAACGGAGGUGGGGUUGGAGGCUGACGAGAUGGUCGUGAAGAAGGAAGAAGAGGAGAUUGUGACGACCAAGGUUAAGGAAGAAUUGGUCGAUUCUUGA